UCUCUCCUGUCUGAAUCCCAAACAAGCACACACACCCAACACAGAGCCACGCAACAUUGUCGCCGCUGGGCUCUGUCGGCUAGGACUUGUGCUCCCGGUGGUUCCCGGAGCCCGGAGGGUUGAGUGAGGAAAGCGGGGAGACGAUUGGCCAUUCGUAGGGGUGUCGAGGAUAAAGAUAAGCAACAUCAUCCUUGCGAGAGAAGAGUUGUUUCUUCCCAUCUCGCAUCCACUCGGAGGCUGAGAGGCGAUGAGCUGCAUAACAUGGAUUUCCGAAGAGGGAUAAGUGUCGGCAAACACCACGGUGGACGUACGAGGAGGACAAGUAUAAGUGUUGGAAAGGACAACUACUGCAGAAUUCCCCACAUUUAGGACCGGAUGUGAUCCCACAUUGACCCGAGACCAUUCAAAUGGAGAUGCUGUGGAAAGUCACAUUGCUGCUAUCGUUGCUGGACUGUCUGACAGGAAACAAAGUUUUGCUGAGGCCUGUGUUCACCAAACAACCCGGCAGUGUUGUGUUUCCCCUUCAGCAUGGGAAGCACCGAAGAGAGGUUGUGUUUAGCUGUGAGGCCCAGGGACAUCCACUCCCCUCCUACAGGUGGAGGCUAAAUGACUCUUUCAUCGCAAUGACUCCGGGGUCACGUUAUUCCCUCAUUGGAGGGAACUUACACAUUGCCCAUCUGAGUAAAGCAGACAACGGUGGCAUCUUUCAGUGUCUGGCAUCAAACUCAUUUGGCACCAUCGUCAGCAGAGAGGCCAGUCUUCACAUUGCCUACCUAGAGAAUUUCAAGGCUCAAAGAAGAAAUCCAGUGAGGGUUCGUGAAGGUCAAGGAGUGGUCUUACUCUGUGGUACACCCCUUCACUCUGGAGAGCUUACCUUCACGUGGAUCUUCAACGAGUACCCAUCAUUAGUUGUCCAGGACGCACGCCGAUUUGUGUCCCAGAAGACAGGCAACCUCUACAUUGCUAAAGUGGAAUCCUCCGACGUGGGCAACUACACUUGUGUUGUCACCAACACAGUCACCAAAAGCAGUGUUCAAGGGCCUCCCACACCCCUUGUGCUUCGAGCAGAUGGUGUGAUGGGUGAAUAUGAGCCAAAGAUUGAGGUGCAGUUCCCCGAAGUCGUCCCCGUGGCCAAGAGCUCAACUGUAAAGCUGGAAUGUUUUGCACUUGGAAACCCAGUGCCAACCAUCAGCUGGAGAAGAGUUGAUGGAGCCGCUUCUGGAAGAAAGGUGUAUAUCAAUAAAGCCAACGGAGUAUUAGAGAUCCCUUACUUUCAACAGGAGGAUGCAGGGAUGUAUGAAUGUUUGGCUGAAAACAACAGAGGAAAAAACUCUGUCAAAGGAAAGCUGUCGUUCUAUGCUGCACCUCAUUUGACUGAGAAGCCUCCGGAUGCUCAGAAGACUAUUGAUGAUACUCUGGUGUGGGAGUGCAAAGCCAGCGCUAAACCCAAAUCCUCCUACCGUUGGCUGAAGAAUGGUGAGCCUCUGGACCCAAUGGAGGACAGAAUUCAUGUGAAUAAUGGAGCAUUGACCAUCAAUAGCUUAAAUCUGGCUGACAUCGGGAUGUACCAGUGUGUGGCAGAGAACAAGCAUGGCAGAGUCUUCACCAACACUGAGCUUCGAGUCAUAGCUAUUGCUCCAGAUUUCUCCCAGAAUUUGUUGAAGACCCAGACUCUUGCCCGACUGAGUGGUGAUGUUCUGAUCGAAUGCAAGCCCAGAAUGUCUCCCUGGGGUGUGAUUUCGUGGAGGAAAGGAAAGGAAGCCUUAAGAGAGAGCUACAGAGUUACUGUGUUGGAUAAUGGAAGCCUUCGUAUUUCCAAUGUUUCAAAAACGGAUGCUGGUCUCUACACGUGUGUUGCCAGAAACCAGUUUGGUGUAGCGAGCAGCACCGGCAGCCUUUUGGUGAAAGAGUCGACUGCGAUCACCAGCCCGGCUGGUCAUCUGGACGUGACUGUGGGGGAAAGUAUUGUGCUGCCAUGCCAAGUGUAUCAUGACCCCACGCUGGACCUCAAGUUCACCUGGUUCUUCAACGAGCAGCUCAUCCACUUUGGGAGCACCGGGGAUUAUUUUGAAAGAGUUGGGGGGCGCUCUGCCGGCGACAUAAUGAUCAGAAAUAUUCAGCUGAGGCAUACUGGAAAAUAUACAUGUGCUGUUCAGACCAAGGUGGACAGCGUGUCCAUUGCCACCGAUGUGAUGGUUCGAGGUUCUCCGGGCCCCCCUCAGGAAUGUCAGGUGACAGAGAUGACAGAGACCACUGCAUUUUUGACAUGGGGACCCGGGAUGGAAAACCACAGCCCCAUUCUCAGCUAUACCAUCCAGGCCAGGUCGCCCUUCUCUCUCGGGUGGCAGGCAGUUACCACCGUUCCCGAGCUGCUCGGAGGGAAGCAACUGUCAGCCACUGUUACAGACUUAAGUCCCUGGGUGGAGUACGAGUUCAGGGUACUGGCAGCCAACAGCAUCGGAACAGGAGAGCCCAGCGAAGCCUCAAGAAAGUCCCGCACCAAGGACAUGCUUCCAAGGGUGACGCCAGCUAGAGUGAGCGGUGGUGGUGGAGGACGCUCAGAACUGGUCAUCACUUGGGAGCCUGUUCCUGAGGAGCUGCAGAGUGGCCCCGGUUUUGGCUAUGUGGUGGCCUUCCGCCCACUCGGCACACAGGGCUGGAUGCAGGCUGCUGUCACAUCCCCCGAUGCCUCCAGAUAUGUCUUUAAGAAUGAGAGCAUCCCCCCUUAUUCCCCUUACCAGAUCAAAGUUGGGGUGUACAACAACAAUGGCGAGGGCCAUUUUAGUCCUGUGGCUACCAUCUUCUCAGCUGAGGAAGAGCCCAACAGAGCACCAGCGAGGCUGAGAGCAAAAAGUGUAUCAGCGUCUGAGGUGGAGGUCACCUGGAAGCCACUGGCCUGGAGCAACAACCGCAGGCGCAUUCUGGGCUAUGAGUUGCAGCACUGGAGCGUGAAGGAGAAACAGGAAGCAGCCAGCGUGAUUCGGACGGUGGGGAAUAAGACAUCGGUACUCAUCAAGGAUCUAGACAGCAGCAGCACCUAUUGGAUGUCACUGCGGGCCUAUAACAGUGCCGGAGUGGGACCGCCGAGCAGCAUCGUCAAUGUCACCACCAAAAAACCUCCACCCAGUCUGGCCCCUGCUAAAAUUACGUGGAACACUUCCAACUCCAAAGUCAUCCUGCAGUGGGACCAGGUUCACGCUCUGGAGAAUGAGUCUGAAGUUACAGGUUAUAAGGUGAUGUACAGCCAGGACAAACACAGCCAUCCCAGUGUUGUGGAGACCAACAGCACCUCCUUAGAGUUGUCUCUGCCUGUCCACCAGGAUUACAUCAUCCAGAUCAAACCUUUCAGUGAAGGUGGGGAGGGCAUCGGCAGCCAACAGAUUACAAUCCCCAGGAUAGCAGGCUCCAUCACCAUGGGGGCAGCCCCGGUGUCUUCCUCUCUGCCCCUGGCCAACCUUGUUGCUCUCAUGCUGACGGCCAGGACGGCGCUAUGACAAACGUAUGCAAGAACCCUACGCUGCAGACUCGCAUCAAGAGAAGAAUCAGCCAGUCAAAGACAAGAGGCAGGAAGUCUCAUCUUCCCUUUUACCAGCUUCCUUUCCCUGACUGUCUUCUGUCCUUUUUAUAGCUGCAAAGAGGAUUUAUUUAUUUUUUUGGGUUAUGUUAUUUGCCGGCUCUAAUAUAUUGGAGUUGGUACUUGUGGACUUUCCCUGGAUGGAAACAAGAGGCACUUUUAUUGGAAAUACUGAGGCAACUGAACUUCUAUUUAAGUGAGCAUAUUUCUCCAACUGAGACCGUUUUGGAAUAUUUUAUGAAACCAACAUCGCUUUUUGACUAAAAUUUGGGACCUCUGUGACUUUACCUGGAUCUUCCUUAUGCUUUUAUCUUCCCAGGCCAUGAAACAGACCGGAAUCAAAGUUUGAGGUCCAUUAACACAAAAAGGCCAAAAGUGCUGAUAGUGAGUCCAUGAAAGUGAAUAACACUGAUGAUUCAUUGGGAUCUAUAUUCCUGGCGCACCCUGCGCUGAGGUCAUUUCGUCUAGUAAUCUGGUAGACUGGGCUGCACCGAGAUAGGCGUGGUGGUGCGCCAGGGGGAGGUCUAUCCCGGCGCACCCGGGAUCGAGGCGUGGGUGCGCAGCACUGCGCCGAACUGCAUCCGGUCUAUGAAAACAGAACCCAUUGUCUUACCUUCCUCCACCCCCCCCUCCUCACCAAGUGCAUAAUGACGGCACGCUGAGAGGUGUGACCCACAUUGUUGUUUCUAAGAAAUCCUCAGGUCCCAAAUGAGCCUUAAGUCUUUCAAUUUGGUUCCAAGUUUUCAUUUUUCCGUCUGUGUUGUAUGUUCCAGACAGCAUAUUCUGGGAUAAUAUGGGCUCGAACAACACUCCUUUCCCUCGUUUUUCAUAAUGACCUUUGUAAUGGAGUGCAAAUUAAAAGUGACCAAGCAUGGGUUUAAUCACUGCAAUGGAAAUGGCCAGCAGGACACUCUGGUGGUCAACAAGCUUUUAAUAAACAUCAUGCCAUUUGUCCUCCUCAGUUUCAUUUAUUCAACUUUUCUUGACUAAACCCCCGUCUUGAACAAUUUCUCAAUAUUAGUGUAUUUUGGAAGUUCUUGGCCACAUUUGUAGCAUUAACAGCAAAAAAGUUGGCAUCUA